GCGGCCAUGGACCGGAUGAAGAAGAUCAAGCGGCAGCUGUCCGUCACCCUCCGCGGGGGGCGGGGCCCAGACAAGAGCAGCAGAGCGGCCGCCGUGGAAGAGCCAAUCGGGGGCCGCGGGGGGCGGGGCCCAGACAGGAGCAAUGGAUCCGCCGAUGCCGCCAACGCCGAGCCGGAGGGAGGCAGGGACCCGGGGGCGGUGACCACCACCCCAUCCCGCGGGGUUCCUGGGGACCUGCACCCCGAUAGGGGCCCGCUCAGCUCCGCGCCAGAGAUCGUCCACGAGGACACCAAGAUGGAGUCGGACGGCGAGAGCGAACAGGCCUCCGCCACCUCCUCCGACGAGGUGCAGUCGCCCGUGAAAGUGCGCACGCGCAGCCACCAGCCGCGCAAGAUCUCCACCAAGGACAUCAACAAGCGCCUGUCGCUGCCCACCGACAUCCGGCUGCCCGAGGGCUACCUGGAGAAGCUGAUGCUCCACAGCCCCAUCUUCGACAAGCCGCUCAGCCGGCGCCUGCGCAGGGUCAGCCUGUCGGAGAUCGGCUUCGGGAAGCUGGAGACCCACAUCAAGCUGGACAAGCUGGGCGAGGGCACCUACGCCACUGUCUACAAAGGCCGGAGCAAGCUGACCGACAACCUGGUGGCGCUCAAGGAGAUCCGGCUGGAGCACGAGGAAGGCGCACCCUGCACGGCCAUACGGGAAGUGUCCCUGCUCAAGGACCUCAAGCACGCCAACAUCGUCACGCUCCACGACAUCAUCCACACCGACAAGUCCCUCACCCUCGUCUUCAAGUACCUGGACAAGGACCUGAAGCAGUACCUGGACGACUGCGGCAACGUCAUCAACGCGCACAACAUCAAGCUGUUCCUGUUCCAGCUGCUCCGCGGGCUGGCGUACUGUCACCGCCAGAAGGUGCUGCACCGCGACCUCAAGCCGCAGAACCUGCUGCUCAGCGAGUGCGGCGAGCUCAAGCUGGCCGACUUCGGCCUGGCACGAGCGAAGUCGAUCCCCACGAAGACGUACUCGCACGAGGUCGUGACCCUGUGGUACCGCCCCCCUGACGUGCUGCUGGGCGCCACCGAGUACUCGACACCGAUCGACCGCUGGGGCGUGGGCUGCAUCUUCUACGAGAUGGCCACCGGCCGCCCGCUGUUUCCCGGCUCCACCGUGGAGGAGCAGCUGCACUUCAUCUUCCGGGUGCUGGGCACGCCGACGGAGGAGACCUGGCCUGGCAUCCUCUCCAACGAGGAGUUUCGCACCCACAACUACCCCAAGUACCACGCGGAGGCGCUGCUCAGCCACGCGCCACGGCUCGACGGCGACGGCGCCGACCUCCUGUCCAAGCUGCUGCAGUUCGAGGGCCGACACCGGAUCUCCGCGGACGCCGCCAUGCGACACGACUUCUUCCUCAGCCUGGGCGAGCGGAUCCACCAGCUUCCCGACACCACGUCGAUAUUUGCACUAAAGGAGAUCCAGCUCCAGCAGGAGGCCGCCCUGCGCUCCGCGCCCGCGCCCGACUCAGGCCGCCCCGCGUUCUGGGUCAUGGACACCGAGUUCUAAUCUCAGCCGAGAACGAAGCCCCAGGUCCCGCCCCGCGCGCAGCGGAUGCAGGGGGAUGACACUCACUUCACCCCCGGGGCCUGGACUCGCACCCGCGGCCUCCCCGCUCGUCCCCGCCAUCCCCCUGCCUCCACCCCGACCUCCGACCCCCGACCCCUGACCCCCGACCCCCGUCUGUCUGCUGGGUGCUAACAGAGCUCUCGC